UCAUUGCAUCAAAUAGGGCGUCUUCGGUGCGAACACAAGCCCGCUCACUCCAGGGAACUUCGUGGCCAGCAACGGCGUCGGCCACGAAUGAUUCCAUGUCCUGGGGGUCGGGUCAUUCGGCGCCCGGUCGAGGAUCUCGGCCGGCAGGGGCUCCUCGUCUCUGAGAAAGAGUACAAUGACACACACCAGAUGAGAUGGAACCAUCGCGUGCAUGGUGGCAUCCAAUACCUCUUUCUACAGCCUCCGAUACGCCUUUGCCGCCUCCUCUAGGCGCCCUCACAGGCGUGUCCCCGGCCUGAGGAAGCAGGUCGGAGUGCUCCGCCACUUCCGUAAUACAGAUGAUAGCAGAGGACGGACACAAUUAGUUUGGAAAAAAGGGAACAUGGUACGACGGCCGCCCAAGUUGCUGCCGUCGAUCUGGUGGUCUCCCUGCUCAUCAAGGAACACACACACGCCCAUGAGCUGUUUAUGUUUGGAUGCGGUGCCUGUGUGCACUGAAACACCUCAACUCGCCUCACCGCAGGUUGCCGGGCCUGCUCAUGAGGCCCACCAUCUUGGACGUCCAUCCCUGGUCGUCGUCGAUGGCGGGCUGGGCAGGCAGCGGCAUCACCUGCUGGGGCUCGCAGGGCGGCAGGAGGGCUCGGUGGGUGGCCCGAAACUGGCCGAAGCCUGGACACACACGCACACACACACACACACACACAGACAUCCUGGCACAUAGGCGCGACCCAACGUUAGGGAGGAUCUUUACUUGUCGAAUGGCAUCGGACAAGGGUGAGGAGAUUCAUGUAUUCCGCUUCCUCUGUUCAACUAAUUUUUUGCCAUCUCGCACCCGCCGUCUCCUUGACAUAGUUGAGCCACAGUGCCUCCUGAUGGGCGUCGAUGACGCUCUUUCGCGUCCACGGCGGCACAAGAAACAGGCUGAGAGCCGCCACCGUGUGACGCCGCCCUUCUUUCGUUGCCAUGGCGCUCGGACCACCCUGCCAGAUGUGCCUGUGCCCACCAUGCCGGUCUUGUGGGGGGAAUGGUGCCCCGGUGAACUGACGAAUUCGAAGGAGAAGGAAUGCAGCGCGUGUUCGCUUCUUUUGUUCCUCGCAACCUCCUUUUUUUACUUUGCCGUCUCCCUUUGGCCGCGUCGCGAAUAGUUUCUCUCGCCGCGAUCGCUAGCAAAACUGGCCGGUGCGUCUGCCGCAAUGAGUUGGCCUUUGGCAUCCUGUUUGUGCAUCCUAUUAGCUGUCUUCUCCCCUGCUCGUGCGGCUUUGCAAAGGUAACCGAUCUGCAUGUCCUGCUGUCGUCAUCAUUGGCUGCCUUUUGUUUCAGAAGGGCUUGGUCAGCCAAGGCUGAGAUCUUGCAAAGCGUUGGCAUCUCGGAGCGAGGCACCGGUCAGAUCUCGAGAGAUCGAACCACCAUUCCAUGCCGUGAGUGAUGUUUGUGCACCACUGCCAGGAUGCAUUGAGAAGAAGACCGAUUGGACGGCAUGUGAGGACAUUUGAUGCUUUGCCAGCCAUCCCAUCGAGUGCGUUGACCGCGGCAUUCCGGCCGCCGUGCGCUCGGCGAUCGCAAUUGCACAUGCACCGGUGCAUCUAUGUUCAUUUGGCCGGAGCAAUGCAAGCCCGCACCGCUAACUCCUUCGUUCCCUCCAUCCCUCGCCCGCUGGUCAUGCUCAUCACGGAAUAAAUGGAUGGAUGGAUGGAUGAAGGAAAGGCAGCAAAGAGGCAGCAGCGAGUGGCAAUGAACGGCCACCAAUCGUAUGCCCAGCACCUGGUGCACCCCAACGAAACCUGGAUGGAGGCCGGCAGGCAGGCAGGCGGCAGGCACUACAUUGUAUGUUGUUGUAUCGUCGUUCAUGUGUUGUGUGCUAGGCAUGGACACAUACCUAGGUAGAUAGAUAGACAGACAGACA